AUGCCCAUGGAGGAAUUUCAAUACGACCUCAAAUGGCUCGAGGAUCCAGCCCAAAUCAUGGGAGAGGUAUUCUGCCGCAUCCAUCGUUCAUUCUUGGCGAGGGACAGGCCUUACAACCAGUUUCGCUUGAUGUUCUGGAUUAUGACCCUCGCGUUCGCCGAGAACUCGAACGAAUCACUUGUGCAGGUGCUUCUUUCGUUCAUGUCACUCCCAUCAAUGGCAAACUUAGAGGUACCGGAAGCAGAGAGAUUCCACUUGCACAAAGGAAAGGCUCCGUUGAAAGCGGACCUUCAAAAUGCCGCCCGGGAGGCAUGCAUUGGGUUUGCAACGAGUCCGGAGGCUCGACUGCCGCAGCGACCUGGAGAAAGUGCCAAAGACUGCAAUGCACGGCGGAAGAACGAGUUCAAACGGAAGCUGAAAGAAAACACUGAGGAUUUUGUCGCGUUUCUGAGCCAGGAGUGGCCUGAGUAUAAUGGCGAGCCUCCGAAGCUGCCCAAAGACGCUCCCUUCGCGCGAUAUUUCGACCACGAACGGGCAGCUGCCGCGGCACACAGGAUUUUCGUGGUGUGCAAGCAGAACACUGAGUUCUCGGCAUACAUUGGAUGCAUACGAGGCAUUUUGAAGUCAGUGAAAGAGAAAGACUUUCAACAUCGAGAAGUACCGUCGGCUCGCCUGGAGCAGCCGAGCUUGGACAGCUCCCACCAAGCCAUCCGGUUUGUUGAUGUCGUCGGUGCCUUUGAGCGGGCGCGCCAAGUGCGACUUCCCCGCCAGGACUUCCCCAUACGCCUCACUCAGCGUCUCCUGGACACGCGUAAGCAGACGGUUAGUGCAGGCUUGACUGAACUUGUCGAUUUACUCUCGAGUCGUGCCAAAUCCCACCAGGAGCAAAGCUAUGUCGAAGAGCUGCGGAAGAGCAUCUCGUCUCUGCAAACCCAGACACCAGAUGUCCCAAGUGUCAAACCAAUAGCCAAGGAAGAGAUCAUGCUCGAGUUGAACAGCCAUCUUAACGCCUGCAAGCUACGCUUUGACUCAGCUCUCCAAGUCGUGCUUAGAGCUGUUGGCAGGACGCAAACGGCAGAUGCCAGCCAUCCCACGUCGGCUAAUAUGGUUGUCACGACUUACCACUGGCCAAGGAUAACACUCAGCGUGAUUCUCGAACAAAUCAAUUGCCACCACCGACACCGGCUUCCGGGCACUUGGCUGGAGCGAAUUAUCAAUCUUGGCCAGCGAUUGACCUUGCUUCAGCAGGCGCGUCGCCUCAUUCAUCUUUUUGAGCAGGAAGGCGAUUUUGCAAGGGAGCUUCAAGACGAAGUUGGACGUGGCUGGUAUAGCGAGAAGCAUCCGGAUACCUUGCUUGUGGAGAUCGAGGGGUGCGUGCAAGUACGCCAUCUUCAGGAAGAUAUUGCACGACUCAUGAAAGCUCCGCCGCGGAACAGGAAUACCGUGUUGCAGCUCAACAUGGGGGAAGGAAAGUCCUCAGUGAUACUUCCCAUAGUCGCUGCUUCCAUUGCGGACGGGUCCCGUCUGAGUCGUGUUAUUGUUGCAAAGCCCCAAUCUCGACAAACAUUCGAGAUGUUGUUGGCGUCGUUUGGAGGUUUGGCCUCGAGGCGAAUUUAUCACCUGCCCUUCUUCCGAGGUCUGAAAAUUGGCAAAGAUGAAGUCCAGGUCAUCUGGAAGAUAUUCGACGAUUGCGUGAGGACCCAGGGGGUGUUGCUCAUCCAACCCGAGCAUAUCCUUUCUUUACAGCUCCUAGCCGUGGAGUCGCAUGCCAAUUCAACAAUGGAACAGAAAAACACAAAAGCUCUGAGGCCACGAACAACGACCACGGAAACGCCUGACUCCGACAAGCCAUCAGUGGAUGUAGAACAGAAACUACUGGACAUCCUCCACCUAUGCAACCUGAGCAGCCGGGACAUCGUGGACGAGUCAGACGAGAAUUUCUCGCCAAAAUUCGAGCUGAUGUAUACGAUGGGAAAGCAGCGCGGCCUCCAAUUUUCGCCUUACCGGUGGUUCCUCAUACAAGAGGUCAUUGGUCUCGUUACCAAAAUUGCACCGAAAGUUCAGCAGUUGGCACCCAGGUCUCUGGAAAUUGACGAUCGAUAUAUGCAUCGCGUUCCGCGCAUUCGGAUUCUGGUCGACGAGGUCGCUCUUGAGCUAUGUCGUCGGAUGGCUGAGCACAUAUGUCGCAAUGGGCUCGUCUGCUUCUAG